ACAACCAUUUGUAAUCCUCAACUGAUUUGUGUCUUUGUCAAAGAAAAUGAAAUAAAUAGAGAAAACAAAACAAAAGCUCUGCUUCAUUUUACUUUCUAGUGAUUCACAAGCACAUCUAUCAAAUUCAAUUCCAGAAACUCUAAAUUUUCUCUUAUUCAUACCCAAAACCCUAAUCUCUUUCAGAUCCCCAGCGGUCGUCUCUGCUGAAUCCACCAAACUGUUUCAAGAUUUCUUCAACUUUCUUGAGAAAUUAUUUUAAUUUUCCCGGGAAAGAUAGAAAAGGUUGAGUUGAGGUUUGGCAGUUGAGAUGAGGAGAAGAGCAGCGGAUUUCAGAAGGCCAGUGAGGAGGAGGAUAUCAAAUGUGGUGUGGUGGACAUUGUGUGGGAUUGUCGUUUUGAUCUUCAUUGUUAUUUUGAGCAAAGAGACUAAGAUUGAAUCCCGACCCACUUUUCCGAAGAGAUCUGACAGGCAUGAGAGGAUAAUGGAAGGUCUGAACAUCACUGAUGAAAUGUUGAAUGCUAACUCAGUUACCAGGCAACUUACUGACCAGAUUUCUCUUGCCAAAGCAUUUGUCGUGAUUGCCAAAGAAAGCAACAAUCUUCAAUUUGCUUGGGAAUUAAGUGCCCAGAUCCGCAAUUCACAAUCCCUUCUUUCUAACGCUGCGACAAGACGAACUCCUUUGACAACCAGAGUAUCAGAAACUGCUGUCCGUGAUAUGGCACUUCUACUCUACCAAGCUCAGCAACUUCAUUAUGACAGUGCAACUAUGAUCAUGAGAUUGAAAGCCAAAAUUCAAGCUCUCGAAGAACAGAUGAGUGCUGUGAAUGAGAAGAGUUCAAAAUAUGGACAAAUUGCCGCUGAAGAAGUCCCAAAAAGUCUUUACUGUCUUGGUGUUAGGUUAACAACUGAAUGGUUUGGAAAUAUAAAUUUGCAGAGGAAUUUUGAGAGAAAGCAAAUGGAAGUGAAACUUAUAGAUAACAGUCUCUAUCAUUUCUGUGUUUUUUCCGACAACAUUUUGGCAACUUCAGUUGUGGUCAAUUCAACUGCUUUAAACUCAAAGAAUCCAGAUAUGGUUGUCUUUCAUCUUGUAACUGAUGAAAUAAAUUAUGCUGCAAUGAAGGCCUGGUAUGCUCUUAACAGUUUUAGAGGAGUAACUGUUGAGGUUCAGAAGUUUGAGGACUUCACAUGGUUGAAUGCUUCUUAUGUUCCAGUACUUAAGCAGCUUCAAGAUGCUGAAACACAGAGCUAUUAUUUUUCUGGCAGUAGUGGUGACGGGAGGACUCCAAUCAAGUUUCGGAACCCUAAAUAUCUUUCUAUGCUUAAUCAUCUGAGGUUUUAUAUUCCAGAAGUUUUCCCUGCACUGAAGAAGGUGGUUUUUCUUGAUGAUGAUGUCGUUGUUCAGAAAGACCUGUCUGGUUUGUUUUCCAUUGAUUUGAAUGGUAACGUCAAUGGAGCUGUCGAGACAUGCAUGGAGACAUUUCAUAGAAAUGAUAAAUACUUGAAUUACUCUCACCCUCUUAUACGUGAACAUUUUGAUCCUGAUGCCUGCGGAUGGGCAUUUGGGAUGAACGUGUUUGAUCUGGUUGAAUGGAGGAAAAGGAAUGUAACUGGUAUCUACCAUUACUGGCAAGAAAUGAAUAUAGACCGGACAUUGUGGAAACUUGGAACUCUGCCACCUGGACUUUUGACAUUCUAUGGCUUGACAGAACCAUUGAGUCCUGCUUGGCAUGUACUAGGGUUGGGUUAUACAAAUGUUGAUCCUCAGUUGAUUGAGAAGGGAGCUGUGCUGCACUUUAAUGGAAACUCAAAGCCGUGGUUGAAGAUUGGAAUGGAGAAGUACAAGCCCUUGUGGGAGAAGUAUGUUGAUUAUAACCAUCCUUUAUUACAACAAUGCAACUUUCACUAAUUUUGGACAAGUUCCAUCUUUUCCACGGACAACUUCCAUCUCUUCCACAACGAACUUGGUGAAUCAGAAGAACUAGAUUUUGUGAUUAAGAAUGCUUGUACGAUUUUUACGAAGAUCAAGCAUGGCUGUUGGCUGUAACAUGGGGUACUUCAUGGAUGUUCUUCUUGUCUGUUGUAGUAUAGAUUGGUAUAUCAGUCCAUUAACUAAAAUUUUUCAGUCAGUGUUUUAGAUUGAGUUGUAAACAUUUUAUUAUCAGCUUCAAUUCAAAUUUUUUAAGUCA